GGCUGUGUUACAUGCUUUUGGAAAAGGGGAGGAAAGGAGACAUUGAAAUUUCUAAAUGCCUCUUACAGUCCAAGUGGUUCUUACUAAAUGCAUUGCAGCAAUUGAAUAAAGCCAAGGGGAUAUGGAAUCUUUCAAGAAAGGUAACUGGUAUGGAAACAUCAGGUUUUAGUGUAUGGGAGUCGCGGGAACAGGAACGAGGACUGUGUGAAGUAAGGCUGGCUACUCCACCACAGCAAGGUUAAGGGUUUGUAAAGAUAACUCACAGGAGGUGACUGGAACCCAGGCCCAUUUGGAAAGAGUGAUUUCUACAUAUAAAACCUUGAAGAAAUGGCUUUGGUGUCUGAGGUUGCAAGAUGCCUGUGUAUCCUGCUUAUUUUUGCAUUGAUUGGCCAUACUUUCACUGCCCAUUCUCCCAGGAAGAUCAAAGUUAAUCCUCCUCAGAAUUUUAGUAUUGUGGAUCCUGGAUAUUUAGGCUAUCUGUACUUGCAGUGGCAACCUCCUGUAGCUCUGGAUAAGAAAUGUAAAGUAGAAUAUGAGUUAAAAUACCGAAGUGUUGGCAAUGAAAGUUGGAAGACAAUUAUUACUAAGAAUCUACUUUACAAAGAUGGGUUUGACCUCAAUAAACACGUUGAAGGAAAGCUACGUACACUUUUGUCCAAGCAGUGUACAAAUGGAUCAGAAGUUCGAAGUUUGUGGACAGAGGCAUCUUAUGCAAUAUCAGAGAAAGGAAGCCCAAAAACUAAAAUUGAGGAUAUGAAUUGUAUAUAUUACAACUGGGAAUAUUUAGUUUGCUAUUGGAAGCCUGGCAUAACUAUACAUUCUGAUAUCAACUAUUUUAUGUAUUUCUGGCAUGAGGGCAUGGACCAUACUUUACAGUGUAGCAACUACUUCCAGGAUAAAGAUAAAAAUAUUGGAUGCAAAGUUUCUGAUUUGGAGUCAUCAGACUAUAAAGACUUCUUUAUUUGUGUUAAUGGAUCAUCAAAACAUGAGACUAUCAGAUCCAGCUAUUUUAUUUUCCAACUUCAAAAUAUAGUCAAACCUGAAUCACCUGACUACCUUUAUAUUACUGUGGAGAAUUCAGUUGACAUUAAGAUGAAAUGGAACACGCCUGAAGGACCCAUUCCAUCAAGGUGUUUUACUUAUGAAAUUGUGGUCAGAGAAGAUGAUACUUCCUGGGUGUUUGGUACAGAUAAAAAUAACCUGCUCAAGAAGAAAACACUAAAUGAAAGUAAAGAUGUGUGUUUUUUUAUAAGAAGUAAAGUGAAUAUAUAUUGUGCAGAUGAUGGAUACUGGAGUGAAUGGAGUGAAGAAGAAUGCUGGGCAGGUUAUCACACCCCCAACUUGAUGUUCAUUUUCAUAGUACCAGGAUGCCUUUUCAUAGUAUUCCUCUUAUCAAUACUUUGCAUGGCUUUGGAUGGGGGAAAACCUGAACCAAAAUUGAACACUACAGAAGUGGAAAAUGAAUCUAAUUCUUAUGAAGAAACAUUAUGUUGAAUAACAGCUCAUUUCCAUGCAUAUAACCAAAUGUCAGUAGGAGUCAUAUUAAAGUGAAUUAAACGUAGAUGACAAACAUGUCUGAUAAUAAACUACUACUGUAUUUA